UUUGUGUUUGUAUUGGUGGUUGUGGUUGGGUUUGUUGUUAGGUUUUUGUUUUCGUUUGUAUUUGUAAUUGUGUUAGCGUUAUGUUUGCGUUUUGUUGUUUUGGUUGGUUGUGGUUUGGGUGGGCAAUGCCGGGUUUAUGAUGAUUACUAAACACACAGGUAAUGGUCUUUAACAGAAAGGUUUUUCACAGAAGCCAGAUCAGGGCCUGGCUGGGACGGCUAGUAUAGUAUAAUGGCCUCUAUACAAAUAAAAUAGAAGUCUAGAAUAUCAUUUAGUUUAGCUGUAUAAUAUAUAAAGACCUAUAUAGUAGGCCUAUGUAUACAAGGUAAAUGGGAAGGAUUUACAAUGAAGUUACACCAGAACGGAGUGUGUGAUGGACCUGGCAAUGUUCAGCCAGGUGGCAGAGGUGACCAGCUCACUCUACCUGAGCAGUGCUGCUGCAGUCCGAGGUGAGAAGAUUCGUAGUUUGGGCAUCACUCACAUCAUCAAUGUCACCCUGGAGAUACCCAAUUUACAGCUGCCCAAUCUGGAGAGUAUACAAAUCCACAUAGAGGACACACCUACAGCUAGACUAGGGCUUUAUUUUGACAGGUGUGCUGACAAGAUACAUCAGGUAGAAAAGAAAGGGGGUAAAACUCUGGUCCAUUGUGUGGCAGGUGUCAGCCGGUCUGCCUCGCUGUGUAUUGCCUAUUUAAUGAAAUAUCACAGUAUGAGCCUGGAGCAGGCCUACAGACAUGUCAAGCGUCGCAGAUCUGUCAUUCACCCAAAUGUUGGCUUCUGGCGACAACUUAUUGACUUUGAACGUCGUCUGUUUGGACGCACCAGUGUAAAGAUGGUUCAGUCGUCCAUUGGUUGGGUGCCAGAUGUCUAUUGCCAGGAACCCAAGAGCCUUUCUUGGAUGCCAUCAACCACAUCACGGUACGGAUACUGAACUGUUUAAAGCAAUAACUCCUGUACAUGUGCAACAUUAUUUAUUUCAAAUGUUCUCAAACUGUACAUGUGCAACAUUAUUUAUUUCAAAUGUUCUCAAACUCCUGUAAAUGUGCAACAUUAUUUAUUUCAAAUGUUCUCAAAGAUUUCAUGUCAGCAGGACUGUCAGUGUAAUAGAAUACAUUUGAGCUGUCCAGCAAUGAAAGAAAAUAUUGAAUUUAAUAGCAUUUCACUUCCAGAUUUUUUUCCUAUUUUGUACUUUUGCCUAAUCUUAAAGAUAAAUUAUAUUAUUAAAUGUUUAAAUUUGUUUUUAUUGUACAAUAAUUAAAUUCGACUUGAUCUAUGUUAAAGGUUAAAAAAUUAUUUUUUUUUACAGUUAAAGUGUUGGUGCACUUAAUAACCUUAAAGUGUUGGUGCACUUAAUAACCUUAAAGUGUUGGUGCACUUAAUAACCUUAAAGUGUUGGUGCACUUAAUAACCUUAAAGUGUUGGUGCACUAAAUAACCUUAAAGUGUUGGUGCACUAAAUAACCUUAAAGUGUUGGUGCACUUAAUAACCUUAAUGUGUUGGUGCACUUAAUAACCUUAAAGUGUUGGUGCACUUAAUAACCUUAAAGUGUUGGUGCACUAAAUAACCUUAAAGUGUUGGUGCACUUAAUAACCUUAAAGUGUUGGUGCACUAAAUAACCUUAAAGUGUUGGUGCACUAAAUAACCUUAAAGUGUUGGUGCACUAAAUAA